AUGUUUGGCGAGGCGUCAAAUUCGGAAACUGAAUCCAGCAUCCGCCUCCAAAUUUCCGACCUCAACAAGAAACUGGAUGGCAGCUGCAGCAUCAACUACAGCAGCCCUACAAUUUUCGAGCCCCAAACCACUGCCAUCGACACGAAACCCAGCAGCACUCUAAACGAGACGCCUGUCCUAAGGCCACCCGUAAAAGCCCCAGAAAAAAAACUCACCCUUUUUGCCCUCCGCCUCGCCAUUCUCGAAAAAUCAGCUUCCGGGAUAGGCACUCUCGGGUUCAUAUGGGCCACGGUUGUCCUACUUGGCGGUUUUGCCAUAACCCUCUCGAAAACCGACUUCUGGUUCAUAACUGUCAUCCUCCUAAUCGAGGGUACUCGGAUUUUCAGUCGUAGCCAUGAGCUUGAGUGGCAGCACCAGGCCACCUGGUCCAUAACCGAUGUUGGUAUCAAUAGCUUCCGAGCACUCAAAUCCAGCUCCAAUUUCAUAGUUACAAAGGUUAAAGCCGUUUUCAAGACAAACAACGGCAGUAGAAAGAUCUCAAGGGCGGGAAACUAUUCCAGCCGAACGAAGUGGGACGAGCGAAGAACACCCACGAGGAUGUGGACGAGCUCCGAGGUUCCUCUCUUGCCUUAUGCAAAAUGGGUCUUUAUUUCGAAAAACGUGAGCAAGCUUCUAUACUGGCUCCAACUAGCAUCGGCCAUGGCUUGUGUGGUGUUAUCCCUUAUAAAGCUUGUUAGGCAAGAUUUUGGGGAGGUGGAAAAGGGAGACACAGACAAAAGGAACAGGAAAUCAGCCCUCUUCAUAUUCUACUCGCUGGCCCUGGCCGAGGCACUGCUUUUCCUCUUAGAGAAGACUUAUUGGGAGUGGAAGGUGAGUUUCGAGAAACUGCUCGAGUCUGUCAGCAGAGACUGUGAACUGGGGGAGUCUGGCCUGAUUUCCAUACGACGGUUCUUUUACGAUGCCUACUCCAAAUGUGUGAACGGGAGCAUAUUUGAUGGCCUGAAGAUGGACAUGGUCACAUUCGGGAUGGAACUCCUGGGCUCAGGCUCACCCGACGAGCAGCUGAUUGGGGUCCGCAUUUUGAGGCAGUUCUCGGCGAGCCCAAGGUUCUCGGACGACACCCUCCAGAAGAUCGGGAUCAGCUUGCCUGUCAUGGAGCGGCUAGUCGAGAUGCUCAACUGGACGGACCACCAGGAGGAGGAGAUUCGGUACUCGGCCGCGGAGAUUCUGUCGAGACUGGCCGGUAAAACUCAAAAUUUGUCCCGCAUAGCCGGGAUCCCGGGGGCACUAGAGUCGAUUUCGUCCCUCCUUCACGACGGCCGGGCCCACAGCGGCGCUUGUGACCAUAUAUCAAAUAAGAAAACAAUUGUAGACAACGAAAACUAUGGUUCGUGGGCUUUCAACCACGUCGGGCUUCAGAUCCUGAAGAAAUUGGCCCGCGACCACGACAUUUGCGGGAAAAUAGGGAACACGAAAGGCCUGUUGCCGAAAAUAGUCGAUUUCACGCACGCGGACGAGCGAUUGCUGACUCACCCGACGGCGGCGCCCUCUCAGGUAGCGACCGUCAAGCGGUCCCUGCAGGUUCUGAAGAUGCUGGCGGGCACCGCGGGCCACGCGGGCAAGCAGCUGAGAAAGGAGAUAUCGGAGAUAGUUUUCACGGUGGGCAACAUUAGGGAUAUAUUGAAGUACGGCGGGAAGCAGCCGGAGCUGCAGAUGCUGGGGAUCGAGAUCCUGACGAGCCUGGCCAUUGAGGAUGAGGCAACGGAGAGGAUAGGCGGGACCGGUGGCGUGAUCAAGGUGCUGUUCGGCAUUUUCUUUGACGAUGGGAUCCCGGAGGAUUGGGGCCGGGUUCGGGCCGGCGCAGGGGAGGCCCUGGCCAUGCUGGCUUUGGAGAGUAAGAACACUUGUGCGAGGAUGCUUAGGAUGGGGUUCAGUGAGAAGCUAAUUAGGGCUUUGGAAGUUCCAUUGCUGAGGAUCAAUGGUGCUAGGGUUUUGAGGAACUUGUGUGCUUAUGGUGGGGACGAUUGCUACCAGGAACUCAAGGGAUUAACAGCUGCUGCACCUGUAAUUCUUGAAGCCAUCAUGAAAGAAGAGCACAAACUGCAGGAAGUGAUGACUGGUGCAGGGGCUGGCAUUUUCAGGCUGUUGAGUCCUCACAACUCGAAAAACAUGCUCCGACAGGCAGGGCUCAAUGAAUUCGACCUAGCUCAUCGGCUUUUCAUGAUCCUAAAGAAAUAUCGCCACCCGUCAACCAAAGUCCCGAGCAUAAGAAGGUACGCUAUAGAGCUGGCGAUCUGGAUGAUGAAAAAUGACGAGACAAAUGUACGGGUUUUCAAGAGUCUGGGUAUGAAGGAAGAGCUCGAGCAUGUUGUGGAGACUACAACCGAGCUCGAGAGCUUCAAUAUAUUCUCAGGGACUGUUGGGCUUUACAGGCACAAAUUGUCUAUGCAUUCACUUGUUGGAAUGGCAAUGGGGUUAUUGGAACCUGAGAGGGGUUGGGGCGAGCCAAGAUAG